UGUUACCACAGCAACCAGUUUAUCAACAUUUAAAAAUGACAAAUUAAUUGUGACAAGUAACAGUUUUUGUAUCGUCUGUUUAUCGUUCUUGCAUCGAAACGUCUUCUGAAAAAUUAAAAGACUGAAAAUGGCUAGAGAACAAUGUAUGUUAGAGGCUUCUGAUGACCUAGACAUAAGUCAUUACUGUGCAGAUGACAGCGAAAAAUACUUUGCCCAAGUCAUUGGUUGUAUCGAAGAUAUUUUGUUGGAUGAUAGCUUCUUAAAAUUGCAUAAAAGUUUUAUGGAAAAUCAUUGGAAAGAAUUUGAAGAUACUGAAGAAAAUAAGCUCAUUUACACUGACAUAUUUAGAAAAUACAUUGAAACUAUUGAAAAGUAUAUUGAAACACAAUUAAAGAAGGCGAUUCCCCACUUUAACAUGUUGGAAUUUGAAUAUGAAUUAAGGAAAAGACAAAAUGAACUCAACGGCGAAAUUUUUGAAAUAUUAUCAACAUUUACAGAUUUCAUGUCUUUCAAAGAGAAAUUUCUUGAUUAUAAGGCUAUGAAAGAAGGCAGAACGGCUGAUUUUUCCAAGGACCUUUUUGUAAAGAAGUACAGUUUCGAAAAUCUCUAGCUUUAUUUAAAAAGUAUGACCAUAAAAAAACUAAUGCAUUAAAAUUUCCAUUUGAACUAAUUUACUAUUCGUAUCGCCCGGCAUUCUGUAAGGCAACAAUCCAGUAAAGUUUAUUAGAAUUUUAGCUUGUUCCCUAAGAUGUGAUAAUUGCUGUAAGAAAAAAUAAAAAAUGUAACACUA